UUAUAUGACCCCCAGGCUGAUGGGAAGGGGAUGGACGGUGGCCUGCUGCCUGAUGCCAAUGGGAUGGAGCCCAGCCCGGGAGAACGGAGGGAGGACAGAGGGAAAUGGCAGAAGCCCCAGAUCAGCCGUAAAUCUCUGAUGAAGUGCUGUCUCGUCAAAUGGAUCAUCGACAGCACAACAAAUGCACAGGGGCCAGGUAGGUCAGGGACAGAGCAGAACUAACUACCUAACUAACUACUGUAACUAACAUGAGGCUCAGUCAUCCCAGUCACUGUGUAUGUGUCCUACCCUGUGUGGGAUAGCUGGGGUGGAGUGAAGGCGAAGGCAGAGUAGAGGGGGAGAGGAUGUAGGCUUUCAAUCCCCCUGGCCUAUACUACUGAAUACAUUCACUUUGAUGCAUCUACCCUAUCUUAUAGGACUAUAUUUAAAACUCUAUCUUCUCUCUCUCUCUCUCGCUGUCUCUCAGUGGACGUCUGCCGUGCUAGCCUCUCCUCUCUUUGUGUCACUUCAGUAUACCAGCCAAUCAAUCUAUCAAUACAUCUCUAUUAAUUCUAGCUCCCUCCACAGUCCCAGUAAACUGAUUGCUGUAGGCUGACUGCUGAGUUUGUUCCUGUAAGCUCUUCCAAUCUCUCCUUUCAUUAUGUUUUUGUAUGGUCUUUUAUUUGUAUUGAUCUUUUCUUCUUUCCUUUUCCUUCAAUUCUAUACGAAUGGUAUUAGGAGGCAUUUAUACUGAACAAAAAUAUAAACGCAACAUGUAAAGUAUUGGUCCCAUGUUUCAUGAGCUGAAAUAAAACAUCCCAGAAAUUUUUCAUACGCACAAAAAACGUAUUUCUUCCCCCAAAAAUUGCCAAAUUUGUUUACAUCCCUGUUAGUGAGUAUUUCUCCUUUGCCAAGAUAAUCCAUCCACCUGACAGGUGUGGCAUAUCAAGAAGCUGAUUAAACAGCAUGAUCAUUACACAGGUGCACCUUGUGCUGGGGACAAUAAAAGGCCACUCUAAAAUGUGCAGUUUUGUCACACAACACAAUGCCACAGAUGUCUCAAGUUUUGAGGGAGCGUGCAAUUGGCAUGCUGACUGAAGGAAUGUCCACCAAAGCUGUUAACAGAUAAUUUAAUUUUCUCUACCAUAACUUAGUUUUAGAUAAUUUGGCAGUACGUCCAACCGGCCUCACAACCGUAGACCACGUGUAACCACGCCAGCCCAGGACCUCCACAUCCGGCUUCUUAACUUGCGGGGAUCGUCUGAGACCAGCCACCAUGAAACUGUAGGUUUGCACAAUCAAAUAAUUUCUUACCAAACUGUUAGAAACCAUCUCAGGGAAGCUCAUCUGCGUGCUCGUCGUCCACACCAGGGUCUUGACCUGACUGCAGUUCGGCGUCGUAACCGACUUCAGUGGGCUAAUGCUCACCACUGGCACGCUGUAGAAGUGUGCUCUUCACGGAUGAAUCCCGGUUUCAACUAUACCGGGCAGAUGGCGUUGUGUGGGUAGAGCUGUUUGCUGAUGUCAACGUUGUGAAAAUAGUGCCCCAUGGUGGUGGUGGGGUUAUGGUAUGGGCAGGCAUAAGCUACGGACAACGAACACAAUUGCAUUUUAUCGAUGGCAGUUUGAAUGCACAGAGAUACUGUGAUGAGAUCCUGAGGCCCAUUUUCAUGCCAUUCAUCCGCCACCAUCACCUCAUGUUUCAGCAUGAUAAUGCAUGGCCCCAUGUCGCAAGGAUCUGUACACAAGUCCUGGGAGCUGAAAAUGUCCCAGUUCUUCCAUGGCCUGCAUACUCACCAUACAUGUCACCCAUUGAGCUCUUGAUCGACGUGUACAACAGCGUGUUCCAGUACGGGCCGACAUCCAACAACAUCGCAGAGGCAUUGAAGAGGAGUUGGACAACAUUCCACAGGCCACAAUCAACAGCCUGAUCAGCUCUAUGCAAAGGAGAUGUGUCGUGCUUCAUGAGGACAAAUGGUGGUCACACCAGAUACUGACUGGUUUUCUGAUCCACGCCCCUACCUGUUUUUAAAGGUAUCUGUGACCUAAUUAAUUCAUUUCAAUUGACUGAUUUUUUUUAUACUUUUAUAUUUUGGUUCAGUGUAGAAAGCUUAAAGAUAUGAUUGAAAUAAAAGUGCCAGUGUUAACAGUAAUAUACAAGUCAUCUCUCAAUAGAGAGAGAAGAGCUGCCUCCAGACAGAGACUAUGGCCUGUAAUUAAGUCAAAUUACUAAUUACUUUCGAUUCAAAGCCUUUGUGGAUUAUUUUGUUUUAGAUAGUUUGCCAUACCGUUAACAAGUACAACACAUGCAAAUAGAGAGACAUCCAGGGCUAUAUAAAAUAUUGUUAAAUAAGGGUGUUGAAGAAAUAAUAUGUUUUUCGCUUUUCUGUCCAGCACCUGAAAUAGUUGGAUGUGCAUAUUUUUCCUUUUUCAUGGGUUGAAGCAUGAGCUGAAUAUGGAGGCAAUAGUAGUGUCUGUUGCUGCUUAUACCCCCUGUUUACGGCAAGCGGUACCGGAGUGCCAAGUCUAGGUCCAAAAGACUUCUCAACAGCUUCUACCCCCAAGCCAUAAGACUCCUGAACAGCUAAUCAUGGCUACCCGGACUAUUUGCACUGCCCCCCCACCCCAUCAUUUUUACGCUGCUGCUACUCUGUUAAUUAUUUAUGCAUAGUCACUUUAACUCUACCCACAUGUACAUAUUACUUCAACUAUCUCAACUAGCCGGUGCCCCCGCACAUUGACUCUGCACCGGUACCCCCCUGUAUAUAUAGCCUCCCUACUGUUAUUUUAUUUUACUUCUGCUCUUUUUUUCUCAACACUUUUUUUGUUGUUGUUUUAAUUUUACUUUUUUUGUUAAAAAUAAAUGCACUGUUGGUUAAGGGCUGUAAGUAAGCAUUUCACUGUAAUGUCUGCACCUGUUGUAUUCGGCGCAUGUGACCAAUAAAAUUUGAUUUGAUUUGAUUUGAUUUGAUUUACCCUCGUUUUCUCUACAUAUCUAAAUGAUUGACAUUGCCCUUCUGUGCGUGCAGACUGGGGCUAACAUGUACAUGUGCACUCACCAGAGCGAAGAGACCCUUACCCAUUCUCUACCCCCAAACCCUAAUCCCGCCCCCAAAUGAACGCCUUCGUCUUCCUUCUGCCCUGCCUCAACUCAUCCUACUCCAGUAAGAACCCCAAAUACAACCAUGUCUAAGGAUUUCCAUCUGCUGGAUAGUAUCACUCAUUACAUGAUACAGUAGAAGUACUCUCUAUGUACACCAGAUGGUGCUCUCACUCUCUCUGGUAGUCUCACAACUUCUCAGAAUUGUUAUAAACAGAUGGAGAGAGAGAGAGAGAGGAGAGAGAGGGAGAGGAAGAGAGAGAAGUAGAGAGAGAGCGAGGAGAGGAGAGAGAGAGACGGAGAGGAGAGGAGAGAGGAGAGAGCUGUACUGUAAUCGUUUGGGACUAUGGCCCUUAAUGCAGCUCUCAUUACUGUUGUUAAUGUUUGAUCUGAAGAGUAUGGAAAUGCCGAUAUGCCAUCCAUGUCUGUCUUUAAUGUUAGAUAGAUCAGCACUUUGUACUGCUGUCUUUGUUUCAAGGCCCUGGCUGUGAAUAAGGAGUUUUCGCCCACGCCCCUCCGGAAACCUCUUUCUCAAAGCUAAGGCUCCAGAUCACAUUCUGCGCAUGUGGUAUUUUACGCACACUACGUAGCUGCUGCUCACAGUUUCUCUCUUUACUCACCUUCUUCUGAACCAUGAUGAUGUAGCCUAUGUCUCCUCAUAAGUUAACCUCUACGGGAUCGGUAUUGUUGCUCAAUAUGCGAUAUGUGACUAGAAUGGUGUUGUAAACAACAGCCAACUUUCCGGGAUAUAGACUUAUAUGGGCAGAAAGCUUAAAUUCUUUGUUAAUCUAACUGCAGUAUCCAAUUUACAGUAGCUAUUACAGCUAAAAAAUACCAUGCUACAUUCACCUCUGAAGGUAAAUAAUGUACUUACAUCCAGUAAUCUUGCUCUGAUUUGUCAUCCUGUAGUGUAGUUUUGUUUGAAAAAUCAAUUUUUAUAUUCAAAUGGAGGAACUGGGUUCUACAGUUUGACCUCUGACUCUACACCCAUCAAGCCCGGCCAUCUAGAUGUGUGAAGGUUAGUGUAUUUUCUGUAGGGAAGCUAAUGAUCCAUUAUGACAUUCCUGGGAGUGUGCAAACUUACAUUUUGUAUCACUAUAGCAUUUUUGUAUGUUCUCUAUAGUUAUGUACUUCAAAACCAAUUCGGCACAUUUGGGAAAACUCCUGGCAGACUUGAUACAAAAUAUUGUGCAGUGAUGUAAUUCUUCACUGGAUCAGUCUGAAACUUUGCAUACACACUGCUGCCAUCUGGUGGACAACAUCUAAAUUACAUCUAGAAUCUUAUAUCACUGUCGCGCCUUUCUCUUGCAUUUAAAAAAUGAUGCAACAAAAAAAUCAGGUGCGCUCUUGCUGUCCUUGUCAUGCGCGCUCCUUGUAUCUUGAUAGAAUAAACGUCUUUAUUCUCUUCACAGACCGCAAACUAAUCAUGCUUAUCACAUUUCCAUUGCUUUACAUAAGGUAUUGACCUCCAGAAUCAUAGAGAUAUAUAUGUUUAACAACUACCCUGCCUAUAAAAGCUUAUGUGAGAAGCUGAUCCAUCAAGUCAAUUGAUUAAGACAUAAUUCUAAUGUCAUAUAUAAUUUUCAAACAUUCAGUCACUUGUUGAUAUUUUGCUAACAUUAUAAAAGCAAUAUGAACUAGAGGAGACAAUGGCCUGUGCUUAAAUGUUUAUUUUAUCCACCUCUUUAAGGAAUACCUGGGAUAGGAUAAAGUAAUCCUUCUACCCCCCCCCCAAAUUUUUUUUAAAUAAAAAUAAAAAUAAUUGUAAAGUGGUUAUCCCACUGGCUAUAGGGUGAAUGCACCAAUUUGUAAGUCGCUCUGGAUAAGAGCGUCUGCUAAAUGAUGUAAAUGUAAAUGUAAAAUUUUUAUUUUAUUCCAGGUCAUCAGUUUACAUUGUGUUACUUUCGUAUCACCCGUCUCUCCUGUAAUUUCUCCCAGGCUAACACCCAAGCCUAGCUAGCAUGAUACUUGAAACCUAUGCAGUCAUUUAAUAACUAGAUGGGUUAAGAAAAUGACAUGUUUGGAACCUUAAACAACUAAACACAACUCUACAACCAAAAAACACUUCUGGGUCCAUUUUUUAAAACUUAUAUUGCUCAAAACCACUUUUUUGUUGAUAACUCGGCGAAACAUGAUCGGACUGGGCUGUUGUUUUGCAGGGAGGUCGUACUCCACAUUAGGAAUGCGCUGACCUCACUGCGACAUUCUAGCUUCUGUGUUAUCUGAGAAAAUGGGCGUUACUUUUGCACUGUGUUACUUUCGUCCCGGCUCUCCCCUGCAACAUGAAUCAAAUAAAAUAAAAUAAAAUUUUAUUGGUCACAUGCGCCGAAUACAACAGGUGCAGACAUUACAGUGAAAUGCUUACUUACAGCCCUUAACCAACAGUGCAUUUAUUUUUAACAAAAAAAGUAAAAAUAAAACAACAACAAAAAAAGUGUUGAGAAAAAAAAGAGCAGAAGUAAAAUAAAAUAACAGUAGGGAGUUGUUGAAGUUUCCCCCUCCAUGUCAUUGAGGGGGAAGCGGCUGUGGGAGCACUGAGCAGAAGCUACGUAAAAGAAAAAUCCUGCACUUGGCGCAGAAAUCUCCAUAUGAAUAGCCAAGCCUAGUCGGAUUCCAGAAAAGUCUUCCAGUGAAGUGGUCAGUGCUGCUUAAGUGUUUUCCUGAUAGUGUCCACAAAGUGCAGCACCUUUAUGUGCAGCAUCUCUGGGCACUUAGAAGAGAGAGUCAAGUGGCUAACUCCAUCUAAAUCUCUCUCUCUCUGUGUCUUUGGUAAAAUGCAUUUCUGGCCUGUUCCCAUUCCAGUCCUAAAACCAGCAUUUUGCAUCUCAACGAUUGAUUUAUCCUCCACCCUGCCCCCUCUCUCAGCUCCUGCUUAAACUCAUUCCAUUAAGAUGUGGACACUCCUCAGUUAUGAACUCUACCCCUCUUCGUCUCUUCUCUUUGUCUUGUUUACGCCCUCGCAGUCAUGCACACCACCACAACUGAUAUCAUGAAAGCGUUGGUGGAUUGUAAAUGAAUGGAGAACAUUGUUGCUAAAACUUGACAGAGAGUAAUAGGAUAGGAAAAAACAUUAGGCCACUCUGUCUACCUCCCCUAUUUAAAGUCCCUUAUUAAACUCAACUGGAACAUCAGUUUUUGAUAUCUGUUUGCUGAAUUAGAAACACAAUGUGGGGUUUCUUUGUGAAUUCAUCCAGUGUUAUGUUUGAUGUGAGUCUGCCUAUAUGUGCUAUAUGUUUCAAUGGUAGGUAGGCAGCGCCACACAGGGCAGGGCAGACUCCUUCACUCUAAGUGCUGCUGGUCAUAUUCCAGCCAUCAGCGGAUGUGGAUCAAUGCCUGGUUUACAGCUUUACAUCAUCCUUGAAAUGCCUCGUCAAACAAGGAAACACUCAGACCGUCAAUAAGAAACUAUUAGUAAAGAAACACACAUCAUCCCUCCGGUCUCACUGCCCUCCUCCCCCCUCUCCCACAUCUUUCUUGCUCACUCAAACUGGAGACUGCACAAGCGAAGAAUUCCUGUCUUGAUGGACCUGUGGGACGGACUUACCCAAAAAGGGAGACACAGGGGUUGCAACUCUUAACUACAGAGGAUACUUCACAAAGGAUGGAGAGAUUUGGGAGAUUAAAUAGUAUACCAUUGUUUUUUAAAACUCAAAACCAUGCACUGGACCUGGAUUUAGAGGGACUUUUGGAAGACAAAAUAUUAUCAACAAACUCACCUUUUUGCUUUCACUGGAGAUCAAGGGGUUAAAUGAAGGGCAGCUGAAACAGAGUGACUGUUAUUGGAUCUUUACCUUGUUCACCCAUGAAGAGCAUUGUCACUUGCAGAUUUCACCUGCUUUAACAGUGUGUGUGGGUGGGAGGAUCGGGGGAGUAAAGUGCAAGUGUGAGCAAUAUAUUUCAGUGUUUGCAGCUAUUUUUCAGGCAUCUUGUUCAAUUGUUUAAUUGGAUGUUAUUUUAGACACACACAUACAGCAGCAAAUAUUUGUAAAGUUAUGGAAUACACAUCCUAUAUGUUCAGGGCUGGCUAAUAGAACGCAUGUAAAGGUUCUUACUCAAAUCAAUCAGCCAUGGUGCUGGAUGGCAUGGAACUGAUUACAAUUACUGUAGUCGUUGGCCUAUUUUUUGUAAUGCUCAAGCAGUUUGGUGUCUGGGAGCCCUUGUCAUUAGAUGGUAAGUAACAGGGACAGACUCCUCAGUCCCUUUUCUGAUCAAGGCCAUCAUAUUCCUCACAGAUAGACAGAAGCUUCUUGUACUGUGUUGUUGAUAGUUGAAGCUACUUGAUUUCACUGUUGUCACCUUAUGAGAGACAGCUGGCUUCCACUGCAUAUUAAGACAAAAUGCCUCAAGACACAAAGGUCUCAUGUCUUAUUACUGGUGGAUAGAAAUAUAAAAUAUUUUAACCUCCCAAAAAUACUGUGACCACCUGCUUAACCUGAUUGUAUGUGUUUCCCCCUUUCUCACCUCCUCACUUCCCUAUACUUCAAUCUCUUCCUCACCCCAUUCCUCUCUCUGAUGUUUGUAUUUCAUAGAUGGUGAGCACACACACAGUAGUAACUCCAUGUAUUCUUCAUUUCCUUUUGUCUCGACUAUGCUUUAAUCUGUGCCCCACUCUCUCAUUAUAUACAUGUAUAUACAAUUUGUUUUGUCUCUCUCUGAGUGUUGCUUUCUUGUCUUCCAUUCAUCAUCCUCUCUUACUUUAUUAUCCACCUGUUCACCAUCUUUUUCCCUUGAAAAAUUGUAUUGUACACCAUUGUCCUCCAAUCCAAUUUCUGUGUUACCCACCACACAAAUUUCUCUCCCUCCAAUUUCUUCCGAUUAUCCCCACAUCUUCUUCUCCCGAUUUCAACCUUUCUCAUCCCCUCCUGUGCUAUUUUUGCCUCUCCCUGAAUCCGCAUUCUCCUCUCCUUUUCACCUCUCCCCUUCUCCCAACUCCUUCCUUUCCCUGAGUUGUCCUCCUCUCCCUCUCUCCCUCUCCUCUCUCAAACAGAGAGUAGUGAAUGUGAAUUGGAGCUUUCUACUGUUCGUCACCAGCCCGAAGGCUUAGAACAGCUCCAGGCCCAGACCCAGUUUACCAGGAAGGAGCUGCAGUCGCUCUACAGAGACUUCAAAAACGUGUGACUGGGACUUGGCUGGGCUUAGAGCACCGAGUGGGAGUGGGGUGGAGGUUAAAUAAACACUGUCAGGGACUUGAAGGACUGCAAAGAUAUCGUCUCACAAAAUGUUUUACAUACUUACAUAGCUACAUACAUUUACACAGAUAUUUACACAUACUGCAAGCCGUUAGACAUACAGGUAACUGCCAAAAUAAUGGAAACACUUGAGUAAAUGAGGGAUACAAAGUAUAUUGAAAGCAGGUGCUUCCACACAGGUGUGGUUCCUGAGUUAAUUGAGCAGUUAACAUCCCAUCAUGCUUAGGGUCAUGUAUAAAAAUGCUGGGCAAACCAUUAUUUUGGCCAUUAUUUUGGCUACCAUGGCUAUGCCCCCAUAGUAUGACAAUGCCCCCAUCCAUAGUGCACGAGUGGUUACUGAAUGGUUUGAUGAGCAUAAAAAUCAUGUAAACCAUAUGCCAUGGCCGUCUCAGUCACCAGAUUUCAACCCUAUUGAACACUUAUUGGAGAUUCUGGAGCGGUGCCUGAGACAGCGUUUUCCACCACCAUCAACAAAACACCAAAUGAUGGAAUUUCUCACAGAAGAAUGGUGUCACAUCCCUGCAAUAGAGUUCCAGACACUAAUAAGAAUAUAUGCCAAGGUGCAUUGAAGCUGUUCUGGCUCACGGUGGACCAACGCCCUAUUAAGACACUUUAUGUUGGUGUUUCCUUUAUUUUGGCAGUUACCUACUUAUUAGGCGUUUACAAGCUGUUAGACACAUCUAUUUUCACAGAUAUUUAACUAAAUUUAAACAUGCAUACAGUACAUACAAGUUAAGUAAGACAAACUUAUUAAAGAUAUUUUCACUUCUCUCUGAACAGGAGUGUCCUAGCGGGCUGGUGGAUGAGGAGACGUUCAAGACCAUCUACUCACAGUUCUUCCCCCAGGGAGGUAGGAGUCUCCCCUCAAGAGAUGCAAGGGAGGCACCAUGGAAUAGUACAGCAGAUGGGUGGAAGACGCCCUUUCAACUGCCCCUACUGUUGUCAGCUAUUUCAACCUGGACUCAGAGGUAGACGUAACAUAGUAAAUGUAAAUCUGUGACACUCAAAUUAGUAUGAUAUGUUUUGUAUGGUAUUUAUUUGUGGAUGUCCAUCAUCCAUUUCGUAUGAUAUGUUACGAAUUACAAUUCGUAUGAUAUGUUAUGAAUUGCAAUUUGUGCAAUAUGUUACAAAUUUGCAAUACGUAUGGUCAAAUCAAAUCAAAUCAAAUUUUAUUGGCCACAUGCGCCGAAUACAACAGGUGCAGACAUUACAGUGAAAUGCUUACUUACAGCCCUUAACCAACAGUGCAUUUAUUUUUAACAAAAAAGUAAAAAUAAAACAACAACAAAAAAAGUGUUGAGAAAAAAGGAGCAGAAGUAAAAUAAAAUAAAAUAAAAUAACAGUAGGGAGGCCGGGGGGUACCGGUGCAGAGUCAAUGUGCGGGGGCACCGGCUAGUUGAGGUAGUUGAAGUAAUAUGUACAUGUGGGUAGAGUUAAAGUGACUAUGCAUAAAUAAUUAACAGAGUAGCAGCAGCGUAAAAGGAUGGGGUGGGGGGGGGGCAGUGCAAAUAGUCCAGGUAGCCAUGAUUAGCUGUUCAGGAGUCUUAUGGCUUGGGGGUAGAUGUUGUUGAGAAGUGUUUUGGACCUAGACUUGGCACUCCGGUACCGCUUGCCGUGCGGUAGCAGAGAGAACAGUCUAUGACUAGGGUGGCUGGAGUCUUUGACAAUUUUGAGGGCCUUCCUCUCACACCGCCUGGUAUAGAGGUCCUGGAUGGCAGGAAGCUUGGCCCCAGUGAUGUACUGGGCCGUACACACUACCCUCUGUAGUGCCUUGCGGUCGGAGGCCAAGCAGUUGCCAUACCAGGCGGUGAUGCAACCAGUCAGGAUGCUCUCGAUGGUGCAGCUAUAGAAUUUUUUGAGGAUCUGAGGACCCAUGCCAAAUCUUUUCAGUCUCCUGAGGGGGAAUAGGCUUUGUCGUGCCCUCUUCACGACUGUCUUGGUGUGUUUGGACCAUGAUAGUUCGUUGGUGAUGUGGACACCAAGGAACUUGAAGCUCUCAACCUGUUCCACUACAGCCCCGUCGAUGAGAAUGGGGGCGUGCUCAGUCCUCUUUUUUUUCCUGUAGUCCACAAUCAUCUCCUUUGUCCUGGUCACGUUGAGGGAGAGGUUGUUGUCCUGGCACCACACGGCCAGGUCUCUGACCUCCUCCCUAUAGGCUGUCUCAUCGUUGUCGGUGAUCAGGCCUACCACUGUUGUGUCAUCGGCAAACUUAAUGAUGGUGUUGGAGUCGUGCCUGGCCAUGCAGUCAUGGGUGAACAGGGAGUACAGGAGGGGACUGAGCACGCACCCCUGAGGGGCCCCCGUGUUGAGGAUCAGUGUGGCAGAUGUGUUGUUACCUACCCUUACCACCUGGGGGCGGCCCGUCAGGAAGUCCAGGAUCCAGUUGCAGAGGGAGGUGUUUAGUCCCAGGAUCCUUAGCUUAGUGAUGAGCUUUGAGGGCACUAUGGUGUUGAAUGCUGAGCUGUAGUCAAUGAAUAGCAUUCUCACGUAGGUGUUCCUCUUGUCCAGGUGGGAAAGGGCAGUGUGGAGUGCAAUAGAGAUUGCAUCAUCUUUGGAUCUGUUGGGGCGGUAUGCAAAUUGGAGUGGGUCUAGGGUUUCUGGGAUAAUGCUGUUGAUGUGAGCCAUGACCAGCCUUUCAAAGCACUUCAUGGCUACAGACGUCAGUGCUACGGGUCGGUAGUCAUUUAGGCAGGUUAUCUUAGAGUCCUUGGGCACGGGGACUAUGGUGGUCUGCUUGAAACAUGUUGGUAUUACAGACUCAGUCAGGGACAUGUUGAAAAUGUCAGUGAAGACACUUGCCAGUUGGUCAGCACAUGCUCGGAGUACACAUCCUGGUUGCUAGACGUUUGCGUUAUAUGCCCACCCGUCCUCCCCGACCAACCUAAUUUUUGGCUUAAGUAACCAUACCCAACGUAUCAUAUCAUACUAAUUUGAGUAUCACAGAUUUACAGUUAUUAUAUUAUGUCUCUGAGGCCAGGCUGGCUAUUUCAAUGGGCUGUUAUUUGAUAGAGAGCAUUGUAUUACUGAUUUGGAGUAAACAUUUUAUCAAAAGAUGCAAGAUUCUGACAACUCAGAACCUCAUCGAUUGAUAUAUAGAUGCUAUAAAGACUGACCCAUUUCACCCUGAGCAAAGUGGAUGAAAGUGGAAAGAGAAUAAAUAACCAACUGUCACCCACUGUAUGCCUGCCUAAUGUUAACUAUAUCAUUGUAAUCACUUCUCAGAUGCCACCACAUAUGCACAUUUCCUGUUCAACGCUUUUGACAUGGACAGAAAUGGCACUAUCCAUUUUGAGGUAAGCAAAGCUCCUUUAAAGUAAGGUAAUUUCCUCUCUAGCAAUAAAACCUUCCUGAACAAUCAAUUAGCCAUCCCAAUAACCUGCUCAAUCCCCCCCCACCCCACCAGGACUUUGUGAUUGGACUAUCUGUACUGCUCAGAGGUUCGGAAACAGAGAAACUCCGGUGGGCCUUCAAUCUGUAUGAUAUCAACAAGGAUGGCUGCAUUACCAAGGAGGUACAGUGUAAGGCUGUGCCUUGCAUAGAGAGAGUUCUACUGCUAGACAGACAGACAUAGCACUGACUCAUGACUGUGCGUGUGCGUCCGUGUGUGUGUUUUUGUGUGCGUGUGUGUGUCUUUGUGUGUGUGUGUAUGUGUGUGUUGUGUGCACCUGUGUACAGGAGAUGUUGGCCAUAAUGACGUCCAUCUAUGACAUGAUGGGCAGGUAUACCUAUCCCAGUGUACGAGAUGAUGACCCAUCUGAGCAUGUGGACAAGUUCUUUCAGGUACAUUAACCCCCAAGCGUAUAACCCCCUCCCAUCCCACCCCCAUGUCUGACAUUUGACAUGUUGUUUAAAACCUUCUGUCCUUCUGUUUGUAUUGUUUCUGUCCUAAGGCUUUAUUGUUUGGUUAUUGUUUGAUGAGAACUCUCGUCUGUUUUAAUUUUCCCAACCUUAAAGCUUCACAUUGUGUCACUGUGGAGGUUAGUAGUACUGUAUGUAAUCAUACAAGAUCUUUAAUGGCCAUCUUUAACAGAAAAUGGAUCGGAACAGAGACGGGGUUGUGACCAUUGAUGAGUUCAUAGAGACCUGUCAGAAGGUAAACACAUCCUCCACAAGCUUUACUGGUGAAAAGAUGCCCAGACAAGCCACUGGCUAUUACAUGGUUUUAACUUGUCUGGCUAACAUCCCAGGUAUUCCUGUAGUUGGUAGACAGCAAGUUCUGUCAGGUUUGUCUUACAGAACCAGCACAACAUGUCAGAGGAGCAUAAAACAUAUGAACAGCUAAGAACAGUACUGCCAUAAGUAGUGUUCAAUUGACAUUGUGUCCAAAACAACAGAUUCCUUAACUCUUAAUUUCUCUCACCAGGAUGAAGAUAUCAUGGCCUCCAUGCAGCUCUUUGAGAACGUCAUCUAGAUCUAGGAACGGACAGAGAACAUGGAUACAUAUAUAAAUCCUGAUGACCUUUUAUUGAGUCCAAUAACAGACCCUACAAGCCCCUCCCCUCUUUAACAAUAACAGACCCUACAAGCCCCUCCCCUCUUUAACAAUAACAGACCCUACAAGCCCCUCCCCUCUUUAACAAUAACAGACCCUACAAGCCCCUCCCCUCUUUAACAAUAACAGACCCUACAAGCCCCUCCCCUCUUUAACAAUAACAGACCCUACAAGCCCCUCCGCUCUUUAACAAUAACAGACCCUACAAGCCCCUCCCCUCUUUAACAAUAACAGACCCUACAAGCCCCUCCGCUCUUUAACCCCUCACCGUUUGAUAAUUGAAGAUGAUUUGCACACAUCAAAAUGAGGACAGUAAACAUUUAGCAGGGGGCAUAGGGGAAAUGUGACUCUAAACAUUUAACUCCAUUAUGUAUGGUCCUGCUGACAGUUCUACUUUCCUUACCAGGGAAUGGCAACAUAAGAAGUGAAAUGUUAGAACACUGUACAGUAGUAUGUCUACUGCUUAUGCCUGAACAGAUUAUGAUACUUUGCAUGUUUGCCUGGGAGUAGUGUAAGUUAAUGUUAACACAGUUGAAUGUAAGUAUGAAUUUUGUUAUUGAGUAGCCUGAAACAGUUCAAAUAUUAUUGUAUUUGU